AAAAAAAAAAAUAACUAUAAAUAAAAUCAAAAAAAUAUAUAAUGUAUAUUAAAAAAGCUUGUAUAGAAGAUAGUAAUAGACCAAAAAAUGAAAAUGAUAAAGAAAAACGUUUUUCUUUGAUUGUAAAAAGGGAAGAAAAAAUUAAUUCUUCCAUUCCUUCAAAUAUACAAACAUAUACUACCACUAAAAUAUUAUCUACUCCAACUUCUACAAUAAAUCCUGGAGGUUCAAAUAAUUCAAAUAUAUCAAGUAUAUUCUCAGGAAGUAAUCCGUAUCAUAAAUCAUUUAUAGCCAGUAUGAUAAUAGCGAUAUUAAUUGCCGUAAUAUUUAUUGGCUUUAUCAUAAAGAAAUUGGUCUUUUACAAAAUACAUAUUAAUCAAGGUCAAUUAUUAGAUUCAAUGGCGAGUAGUAGCAUAAGUGAAUAUAGUAGUAAUUAUGAUUUACGAUCAUCAAAAUUUAACGCAACUUUGACUGAAUCCAAUCUUGAAAACAAUAAUUCUUUAUUAUUAAUAGAAAUAGAACAACAAAGUAAUAUUAAUAAUAUUACUAAUAGCGUUAUUAGCGAUGAAACUAUUAGCGAAAUCACAAAUGUAAAUUCAAAUUUAACUAGCGAUGUGAUUGAUGCAUUAAAUUAUAUUCCAAAUAAUUCUGUUUCGGAAAUUUCUGAUGAUAAUUCUAGUAUUGAUAUAGAUUUAGAACUACCUUCUUCAAAUACUGAUGUUAAUUGGGAAGAAUGUAUGAAAUAGAAUUUUUAAGCAUUUAUUUUUAUAAGUCAUACAAUUCUAUAAUUCUAUGACAAUUGUGUAAUACGAUUAU